AAGGAAACGACUCACAACAACCGGCGCAGCUCCACCAACGGCAGCAGCAGUCACAAAUGUCCUGUUUGUACUCGUAGCUGUCGGACGCGUCUCGUUCAGACUGAGUAGGAAGUUGAGGAAGUUUUUCAGUUUAUCUCUGCAUGAAUAAAGCUGGACAAUUAAACAACGACUUUGUCUUACUGCAAGCUCAAGAAGUUCGCUGAUAUUCAGGAGGAACAGAACAAGGGACAAUAUCCCACAAUGGAGGUCUUGUGACUCUUAAGUUCAGCAGUAGUUCCCCAUAAAGCUCCAGCAGACCUCAGGAAAGGCUGGGGUGGUUUGAACUGUACCCUGGUGCAACAGGGAUGAUUGCAUCCCAUACGAAUGGUUAUGUGCAAGAGGCCUCCGCUCCGGCCGUGAGCCACAGGGAGCGGGCUGUGGACUGUCCAGGGCAGGAAGGCAGCCUCAACAAAUCCCCACACUGCAGCUCCCACAUGGAGAGGAUCCAGCAUUACCAGGAGGAGCUGAGGAAGCGGCGGGAGGAGGAGGGCAAGGGGAGGCAUGACAUCGAUCCCAACGCUUCGCUGAGGCUCAAGAAGCUGUCACAGAACCCAAAGAUCGGCAUUGACAAUCCCACCUUCGAAGGGAAGGAAAAGGCUACCAAUAAAGUGACCUGCCUAGAUCCUGUGGUGGAACUGGAGGAACUAUUACAGGUUCUGAAGUGGGUCCAGCACAGCUUGAGUGACUCUCAGAGCCAGCAGGAUGUGGAGGCGGUAACGCAACUCCUUGCUAAGGAGGAAUUCAGGAAUGCCUACACAAUCUACAGCGUCCUGUCCCAGCAGACAAGCAGGAUCAGUCCCACCUCACCUCUGACAGUGCAAGCACAGGAUCUCUGCCAGGAGGUCCAAAGGAUCCUCCAGACAAGUCAACAAAAGGAGGGUUUGGAGCUCAGCGCGCUGCUUACCAAUCCCCAUCUCCAGGCACUGAUGCAAGCUCAUGACAGCGUAGCGGUGCAGGAAAUCGCAGAGGAAAGCGUGACCCAGUACCUCGGAGAGACAGUUAAAUUAGUGCGGCUGCAGAAGGCCAGAGACACUCCACUGGGUGCAACAGUGCGUAAUGACAUGGACAACGUGGUGGUGAGCCGUGUAGUGAAAGGCGGCGCAGCAGAACGGAGCGGACUCCUCAGUGAGGGAGACGAGAUCCUGGAGAUCAACGGCAUUCCUAUUCGUGGAAAACACAUCAACGAAGUGCACGACUUACUGCAAGAAAUGCAGGGAACUCUGACCUUCCUCCUCAUCCCGAGCUCUCACAAUAAACCUGCUCCCCACAGACAAACUGUGCUGCAUGUGCGCGCUUACUUUGACUACGAUCCCUCUGAUGACCCCUUCGUGCCAUGUCGGGAGCUGGGUCUGUCCUUCCAGAAAGGAGAUAUACUCCAUGUCAUUAGCCAGGAUGACCCCAACUGGUGGCAGGCCUACAGGGAUGGAGACGAGGACAACCAGCCUCUGGCUGGCCUCAUCCCUGGUAAAAGUUUCCAGCAACAGAGAGAGAGUUUAAAGAAAACGACGCCAGACAAAAGUCGAGAGCAGCAAGGGAAGAUUUGGUGUUCAAAGAAAAGCAAGAAACUGAGAAGAAGGAACACAUCGACCUUGACCAGAAACACUGACUACGAUGAUGUCCUGACCUAUGAGGAAAUGUCCCUGUACCACCAGCCCGCUAAUCGGAAACGCCCCGUAGCUCUGGUCGGCCCGGCCAACAGCGGCCACGACGAGCUGCGGCGGAGACUUUUGUCCCUCGAGCCGGACAAAUUUGCCGUUGCUGUUCCACACACAACCAGAAGCCCAAGGAUACAUGAGCGUAAUGGACGCGAGUACCACUUUGUCAGUCGCUCCUCCUUCGAGGCCGAUUUGGCGGCAGGGAAGUUCAUCGAAUCAGGGGAGUACGAGAAGAACCUGUACGGCACCAGCACCGACUCCGUCCGACACGUCGUCAACUCCGGACGCAUCUGUCUGCUCUGCCUUCACACAAGGUCUUUGCGAGUGCUGAGGUCGUCCAACCUCAAGCCAUACGUCGUCUUCAUUGCUCCUCCUUCUCAAGAGCGACUACGCACCCUGCUGGCCACAGAGGGGAAAACACUAAAACCGGAGGAGUUGAAGGAGGUCACUGAAAAAGCCCGCGAGAUGGAGAUGAAUUACAGCCACUUCUUCGACGCGACCGUCGUAAACUUUGAUCCAGACCAGGCGUUCCAGGAGCUCCGGAGAUUAGUGGACAAACUGGACACCGAGCCGCAGUGGGUGCCGUCGUCUUGGCUCUGCUAAGACGACGAGUCUCAGACACGACGAGUCUCAGGGAACGAGAAGGUAAAGAGGAGACGGACAGUAUUACAGUGACACUGAAUUUUCACUUGCACAUUUUUUUUUUCCAUUUUUGGAGCUUAAUUGUUACGGGAUGCUGCAGAGACAAGACACUGUUCUAUUUGAUGUUUGUCUUUUGUAGAUUGUUUUCUUCUAUUUUUCUGAUGGCUGUUCAAGGUCUUAGUUUUAUGCAAAAUCUUUUGUUUUCCAGAUAGAUUCAUUUCUAUGCUAUUUCUUUGACUUAUUUAUAAUUGUAAAUAUAUAUUCUUUAGACAGAGAGAUGAAAUAUUUUACUGUUACGCCAGGAAUUGCACAUUUGACACGUUUUUAAAGGCAUUCUGGUGAAACAUCGAGCCAAAACAUCAUCAGGCAAAGAACUGAGUAGAAACAGAUUCAUUGGAUUUAGUGUGAAGUCUCCCACCUGCUGUUGAUGUAUCAGUAUUGUGUCUCACAUGCCUUACAAAGGUACUUAUACUUCUUGAGCUUUUUAUCAUCUUGUCACAUUUCACGUUAAAUGUCAAGUAACUUCCUUGGAUUUCAUGCCGCAGAUUCUCAAUUGUAUUUGGGUCUGCAUACGUUAAAUUAAAGUAAGGCUGCAACUAACAGUUAUUUUAGUAAUUGAUUAUUCUAUCGAUUAUGCUGACGAUAAAUCUAAUAAAAAAAUUGGCAUAUUCUGCUGAUUUUCCUUGUAACCACUUAAACCUUUUAAUGCAAUAUUAGACAUUUUACUGCAAAAACCCCUAAGAUUUCAACUAAUUUUUAGAAUAAGAAAAUAAACAUUUUAUUGCCUAAAAUGCAGCAUUCCUUCAGAGAAUGUGAACCGGGUGAAACUAAGACUAUGCCAUUCAAAGAGUUCUGGAUAAAUCAGACAAAGAUUUUUUUUAUCUUCAUUGCAAAAUCUAUAUUUCUUUUAUAUAAUUUUGGCUUAAUUACUGCUCUCUUUUUUCCAGUUAAUAGCAUUUUUUUAAGUUUGUAUAUUAAUUAAACAAGUAAUCAAUUACUAAAUUAGUUGACUAUUAUUUCGGUAAACGAUUCAUCACAAUUAUUCCGAUUAAUGGGUUCAUCCCUAAUCAAACAUUCUGUGGUAUCUUUGACUGCAUGUUUAAAGCUUUUUUUUUCCGUCUUGGAAGGUGAACCUGCUCCUCAGCCUGUACCAGGUUGUCCUUCGGGACCGAGUUCUAUUUAGCGGCUGGUCCAGCUAAAUAAAAUCACUCCCACAUCAUAAUGCUGCCGCACUCAUGCUUACCAUAACAACAGUGUGUGGUGUUAGUUUUCUACCAGACGCAGCAAUUUCUCUGUAGCCCAAAAACUUCUGUUUUGAUCUGAGCUGACCAGAGAAAAGUCGUCUCAAUCCUAAAGGGAACGCUUUAAAACAAGAGUUCCCCUUGUGAUGCAUAAGAUCUCAGUGAGAUACAUUGAUGUGUGUGGUAACGUGACAAAAUAUAAAGUUGAAUUAGUAUAAAUGCAUUUGCAUGGCACCAUAUACUUUUAAUAGUGCCCAACUGCAUUAUCUGUGUAAUGCUGCGUAUUAUUGUUGAGAUGCUCUUCAUCAGUAUUGUACAAUCGUGACUUAAUAUUAUUGAAUCUUUAAAAAAAAUGGAGUAAUUCUUAAGCACAACUUUUUAAAAGUGUUAAUAAAUUAAGAUUUGAAAAGAUA